ACUCUCUUUUCAAUUACAAAAAGUUCGCAUGCAUUUUUACUCACUCUUCAUUACACAUCACAUUUAUCUUAAUCUUCCUUAAUUAAUCCUCAUAAACCAACUAAUUAAUAACUCCUCUUAUAAGCUCAAACUCUCAUACAAAUUUAGUUAUUUGACUUUUACACUCUAUUUGUUUCUUUGCGCGGAAAAACCGUUAAAUUUGAAAAUGGCUUCUUCUAAUUCUACUAACUUGCUUACGUUUCCUUUGUCUCCAACUGAACUGCUUAACUCACAUUUUCCUCAAUUCCACACCGACUCUCAUUACGAUAACUUCUAUGUCAAUGCCAAUGGUUUGAUGAGUUUCAUGGAUUCGGCGAAGAUGGGAGAUUUUGUUGAGAAGAAUCGGAAUUCUGGUUUACUAUAUGAUCUUAACUCUACUUCGGUGUUUUUCGGUGAUAAACAUGAUCUUAAUAAAUCAGUUGUUGAAUUUCAAGGUGUUUCUGGUUCUGCUACUGUAACCAAGUUAGGUGAAUCUUCUAAAGUUGCUAAUCAGAAAUCCAUUGUUGCGAUGGAUUCUGAUGCUUCCAAAAAAAUUACUGUUCAUAGCGCUGGCCAUCGUACUUCAGCUUACAGAGGAGUCACAAGGCACAGAUGGACAGGUAGAUUUGAAGCACAUCUAUGGGAUAACAGCUGCAAACGUGAGGGUCAGAAAAGGAAAGGGCGUCAAGUGUACUUGGGUGGGUAUGACAAGGAAGAAAAGGCAGCUAGGGCUUAUGAUUUGGCAGCACUGAAGUACUGGGGACCAACAGCUAACAUAAACUUUCCAGUUUCCCAUUAUGCUAAGGAAUUGGAGGAGAUGAAAGAUGUAGGAAAGCAAGAAUUUGUUGCUUCACUGCGAAGGACAAGCACUGGUUUUUCGAGGGGAGCUUCCAAGUACAGGGGUGUUACAAGGCACCAUCAACAGGAUCGAUGGCAAGCAAGAAUUGGUCGAGUUGCUGGAAACAAAGAUCUAUACUUGGGAACAUAUGAAACUGAGGUGGAAGCAGCAGAGGCAUACGACCUUGCAGCCAUAAAGUUUAGAGGUGCAAACGCUGUAACCAAUUUUGAGAUAAGUAGAUACAAUACUGAGGAUAUGCUGGAUAGUUCUCCUCCAGUUGGUGGAGAAGCAAAACGCUUAAAACCUUCCGAAGAAUCGAAGAAGAAAGCUCCUGUGACUAGUACCUCUGAACAACCCGAUAGUACAAAUAUGAAUAGCAGCAUCGAUUUUCUGCCAAUUGCUUCUGAACCCUAUGAUUCUGCAACACAAUAUUUCGUCAGCAACCAUCUCCACCAUUUUCAUCCUUCUAUCAAUGCAGAAAGUGGCACAGCAGAGUCUGCGGCAACUACAACCAAUGGUGCAGCUGAGUUCUUUCUUUGGCCCCGUCAGUCCCAGUGAAUUUUUUGCUGGUUGUCUGUUCUGUUAACAAAUUGAAAGUUACUCUAUGGUGCAAUUGAGCUGUUUCUCUACAAUUGACCUUUCUUCUUACAAACAUGAAUGCUAUGAAUUUGUUUUAAAAAUUUCUGUUAGUUAAGUAAGUGGCAUCUCAAAGAUGAUGAUGAAUAUUGAGUUGUGCAUUUAGGCUUGAACAAAUAUUGCUUGUUUGCAUGCAGUGGUAAUAUAAUAAAAACCUUUUUUUUUUCAACUUAA